AUGUCAGACAUCAACCACACAGACACCUCCUUCUUCCUGACAGGCCUCCCAGGCCUGGAGACCCUGCAUGCCUGGCUCUCCAUCCCUCUGUGUGCAAUGUAUGUGGCUUCCCUGGUGGGGAACAGCCUGAUCCUGUGGGUCGUGAGGUCAGAGCCCUCCCUGCACCAGCCCAUGUACUACUUCCUGUCCAUGCUGGCCGUGACCGACCUGGGCCUGUCUGCCUCCACACUGCCCACCAUGCUCACCAUCUACACGCUGGGUCUCAGGAAGGUGGCUGUGGACGUGUGCCUGGCCCAGCUCUUCUUCAUCCACACCUUCUCCAUCAUGGAGUCCUCUGCGCUGCUGACCAUGGCCUUUGACCGUGUGGUGGCCAUCAGCAACCCCCUGCGCUACAGCACCAUCCUCACCAGCCCUCGCAUUGCCACCUUGGGCCUGGCCAUCGUGGUGCGCAGCAUCAGUCUCCACAUCCCGGCCCCCAUCAUACUGAAGAAGCUGCCUUACUGCCAGCACCGCCUGCUGUCCCACUCCUACUGCCUGCACCCAGACGUCAUGAAGCUGGCCUGUGCUGACACCAGUGUCAACAGUGCCUAUGGGCUCUUCGUAGUUCUCUCCACGCUGGGUGUAGACUCCGUGCUUAUUGUUCUGUCCUAUGGGCUGAUCCUCCAAAUGGUGCUGUCCAUUGCCUCCAAGGCUGAGCGCCUCAAAGCGCUCAACACAUGUGUCUCCCACAUCUGUUCUGUGCUGCUCUUCUACACGCCUAUGAUUGGCCUGUCCAUGAUCCACCGAUUUGGGAAGCAGGCUUCCCCACGCAGCCGUGUGCUGCUCUCCUAUCUUCAUUUUCUUAUACCUCCAGUGCUCAAUCCAGUUGUUUACACUAUCAAGACCAAGCAGAUCCGAAUUAAGAUGCUACAUGUCUUCAGGUCAGGUGGGGCUGGCGUCAGAGAUAUCCAGGGUCAUUAA